AUGAUGGGUUCCAAUGUAAAAGAAACAAUAUCAAAUGAGCUCCAUGCUCCAGCUCGAAAAAAGUAUCCACGACGACAUGUUGAUAUACGUGGACUUGAUGAAACUUGGCAAGCUGAUCUCGUUGAUAUGAGUGCUUAUGCAUCAACAAACAAUAAACACAAGUUUAUACUUACUAUUAUUGAUAUUUUUUCAAAAUUUUCUUGGGCUGUUUCUUCGAAGACUAAAAAUGCUCAAGAUGUGUCUAAUGCUAUGAAAUCUGUUCUGAAGCAAAGACGAGUUCCUAAAAAUCUACAUGAGGAUCAGGAGAAAGAAUUUUACAACAGUGAAUUCAAAGCUUUGAUGAAGCAACAUGGAAUCAACAUGUACUCAACCUUCAUCAAUCUCAAAGCAUCUAUCUGUGAGCGAUUCAACAGACUCUGA